UACAUAUGAAUACAUACAGGUAUUUAGCUCCAGAAUAUGCUUCAAGUGGAAAACUAACUGAUCGAUCAGACGUGUUUUCAUUUGGAGUUGUGCUGCUCGAACUCAUAACCGGUCGCAAACCUGUUGAUACAUCUCAACCUUUGGGUGAAGAGAGUCUCGUUGAAUGGGCACGUCCACGAUUAAUCGAGGCCAUUGAAAAAGGUGACAUCAGCGAAGUAGUGGAUCCACGGCUGGAGAUGCAUUACAUUGAAGGUGAAGUCUAUAGAAUGAUCGAAACGGCAGCGUCUUGCGUUAGGCAUUCAGCUCUAAAACGACCUCGUAUGGUUCAGGUGGUAAGAGCUCUGGACACGCGAGAAGACUUGUCGGAUCUGACAAACGGAGUUAAAGUCGGUCAAAGUACGGUCUACAACUCGGGUCAAUACAGUAAUGAGAUUCGAAUUUUCAGACGAGCCUCUGAGGAUUCCUCGGAUCUCGGUAAUACUAACUCUGGCUACUACCCAAGCCAAGACUACACGACUAGCCAUGAAUCUGAGAGCCGAGCCUUCAACACAACUCACCGGAACCGCUGAAACCG